CAUUAGCUAGCUGGCUAGGAGGAGAGAAGGGCGAUCGAUCGAUCGAUCGCCAAGGAAACAAUCAGUAACAACAAAACUAACUAGCUUGCGCCGUGCUUUGAUAUCAAUUAUAUGGCGCCAGUGGGAUUACCUCCCGGUUUUAGGUUCCAUCCAACGGACGAGGAGCUGGUGAAUUAUUAUCUCAAGAGGAAAAUCAACGGCCAAGAGAUUGAGCUCGACAUCAUUCCUGAAGUUGAUCUCUACAAAUGCGAGCCUUGGGAAUUAGCAGAAAAAUCGUUUUUGCCAAGUAGAGACCCCGAGUGGUACUUCUUUGGACCCCGGGAUCGAAAAUACCCUAAUGGAUUCAGAACAAACAGAGCAACGAGAGCAGGAUAUUGGAAGUCGACUGGGAAAGACAGGAGAGUGACGUGCCAGAAUCGAGCAAUCGGAAUGAAGAAGACGCUGGUUUACUACAGAGGCCGAGCCCCUCAGGGCAUUCGGACUGACUGGGUCAUGCACGAGUAUCGCCUCGAUGACAAGGACUACUACUGCUCCUCCGACCUCGACACCUCCUCCUCAUCAUCUGCCGCAAUUCAGGAUUCUUUUGCAUUGUGUCGCGUGUUUAAGAAAAAUGGCAUUUGCGCGGAGAUUGAAGAGCAGCAAGGCCAAUCAAGUCAUUUAACACUAAAUAAUAUUCAUGAACGAUCACAAGGUGUAAACAAUGAUCAUUGUGAUCAAACCAUGUCACCGGAGAUUCUGAUGGCAUCGUCAUCGUCGAUCUCAUGCCUGCAGGAGGAAGAUGACAAAGACGAUUCCUGGAUGCAGUUCAUCACAGAUGAUACGUGGAUGCAGUGUUCUUCUAACACCGGUGUCAGUGGUGAAGAUCAGCUCUCUCAUGUGGCCUUCACAAACUAACUGAUCAGUGAAGAUGAGUACAUGGAUGGUUACCGGAAUUGGUGUUAAUUAACAGUAAAUAACCUGAAAAUGCAUGCAUGGACGGAUGUAAUUUUCAAACAAUAAAAUACAACAUAUAUAUACACGAUUUCAUGAAGAACACUAGACAAAGUUUGUAAGGUUUGUCACCGUAUCUUCAUUAAUUUGUAGAUUAAUUAUAUUAAAUUGGCUUUAGCCAUUUUAUGACGGUUUGGUUUGGUUUGGUUUAGUUUUGUUGGUGGAUUCUCUUGAGAGUCAGUUUAUCAGAUGACCAGUCUAGAGAUUUAGUUAUUAACCUCUUUCCUGAGGUGAUUUGGAUGUUACUUGUGGAAUAAAUA